AUGGCAAAUCGAGGCGAGAAAUUCGGCCAUCCAUGGCAUUUUCAUUUACUGGAUGUGAGCUCACUCUAUUAUAUUAAGCCAACCCGACAAAAAACCGGAAAGGCCAGUCAUGAAAGAAGACAAGCAAUUGUGCAUAAACUUAAACGCGGCACUUGCAUCGUAGCUCUCUGCUGCUUUCUCCAACUGUUGGUCAUUACGUUUGUUAUCCUAGCAUUACCACUGACUGUGUUCAAUCCAAAACAGCCCAGAACGCAGAUACUCUCCGCCACCGUGCAGGGAGUUGCCCCUCGUAUCUCCUUCCCUCCCAUCCACUUGCAGCUCAAUGUCACACUCAGCCGUUUCAGUUUCAAACAUGAUGGGCAUGGCAAGACCCUGCUUCUUUACAGGGACAAGCUGGUCGGAGAAGCCUAUCUCCCCGCCCGGGAUUCCACCACUCUACCCACCCUCCUUACUCUCCAGAUUGAUAAAUUUGCUUCAGAUGUUGGUGCUAUUGUGCGCGAUAUAUUGGCCGGGCAGAUUGCAUUGGAGACCAGGAUCCCUGGCAAGAUUAACUUCCUGGGGAUCUUCAAACACGUUCUUGCGACUUUAGAUUGCCAAAUCUACGUAGGCUUCCCUUCGAUGAAGGUGCUGGAUCAGGUAGAAGCAGCACUAAGUUGUGAAUUGAUCUUGCCGAUAUGCUGUAGACUGGUGUAGGGCAAAUUCUUAAGCCGUAUAAAUAAAUGCAUUUACUUUCGCUGCUGCUCCCCUGAAGUUAUAUACGCCUGUGUGUCACCCUU